GGGGGCGGUCCCGGGCAGCGCCCCUGCGGUCGGUGGCGGCCUGAGCGCCUCCCGCUCCGCUCCCCGCCGCUCCGCUCCCCGCCCGCCUCCCGCCAUGCACCCGCGGCGCCCCGAGGGCUUCGACGGCUUGGGCUACCGCGGGGGCGGCCGGGAGGAGCCGAACCCCGGCGUCAGGCCCUUCGGCGGCGGCUCGGAGCUGGGCCCCUGGGUGACCAGCCCGCCCGACAUCCCCGGCAGCCGCAACCUGCACUGGGGGGAGAGGACGCCGCCCUACGCUGCGGGGACCCCCUCGGGGGGCGCCGGCCUCAACGAGGAGCCCAACCCCGGGGCGGGCGCCCCCGGCGCUGAGCAGUUGAACAGAUUUGCAGGCUUUGGUAUUGGCCUUGCAAGCCUAUUUACAGAAAAUGUGUUGGCACAUCCUUGCAUUGUUCUACGUCGCCAGUGUCAGGUUAACUAUCAUGCUCGAAAUUAUCAUCUCACUCCAUUUACUAUUGUGAAUAUUAUGUACAGCAUCAAUAAGACUCAGGGUCCAAGAGCUCUAUGGAAAGGAAUGGGCAGCACUUUCAUUGUUCAGGGUAUAACUAUGGGAACAGAAGGCAUCAUCAGUGAAUUUACACCUUUGCCAAGGGAGCUUUCACAUAAAUGGAACCUGAAGCAGAUAGGUGGACACCUUCUACUCAAAGGUUUAACACAUGUGAUAGCAAUGCCUUUUUAUUCUGCCAGCCUGAUUGAAACUGUACAGAGCGAAAUAAUUCGAGAUAAUCCUGGCAUCUUGGACUGCGUGAAAGAAGGAAUUGGCAGAGUUGUAGGCAUGGGAGUACCCCAUAGCAAGCGUCUCCUUCCUCUGAUGGUCUUGACUUUUCCAACUGCUCUACAUGGAGUUCUUCACUAUGUCAUCAGUUCCAUUGUCCAGAAGCUUGUUUUGUUUGUUCUAAAACGGGAUAAUUCCCACAAUCUUCCAACUGAGAGCUCUUCUUCUGUGCAGAGCAUGCUGGAUGCAUAUUUUCCAGAACUUAUUGCUAGCUUUGCAGCUAGCCUUUGUGCUGAUGUCAUGCUCUACCCACUGGAGACUGUUUUACACCGCCUUCAUAUUCAAGGGACACGCACAAUAAUUGACAAUACAGACCUUGGCUAUGAAGUGCUUCCGAUCAAUACUCAGUAUGAGGGAAUGAGAGACUGCAUAAAUACUAUAAAACGGGAAGAAGGAAUGCUAGGUUUUUAUAAGGGAUUUGGAGCUGUUAUAGUACAGUAUACCUUGCAUGUAGCACUUUUACAGCUUACCAAAAUCAUUUACUCCACACUGCUUCAAAAUGUUUCUUAGUCUCUUCAGGUGUGGAUUUAGCAUAGUGGACAUGAUUCACUUACUAACCUAAUUAUUGUUUAAAAUGGCUUAGAAGAUUAAGCUUGGAGAAUCCACUCCGUGAAUUCUCCUUACAGUGUAAAUGAACUUUAAAAAUGGGGAUAUAGUUUCCUAAGUGUAAUUAAAAAGUACUGUAUACAUUUAUAAGUAUAGACACAAAAUGGAUAUAUAAUAUGUAGUCAUACACAAGGGGAUUGAAUUUCAAAUGUGGUUGGAGUGAGGAUUACUUUUUCUCUUACCAGGUAACUGACUUAAGGAAUGGGUAUGAAUUCUUAACUGCUUUACAAACAUCAUAUUUGAUAUUUCGUUUGGGCUGUUAGUCAGUUCAAAGACUUUUAAAGAUGUUUCCAACUGAAAUGUUAAUGGAGCUGUGAGCAAACUAGAAACUGUAAAAGUAACUUAACAUAAAUGUUAUAAUUUACAGGUACAUAUAAAAGUACUUAAUUUGCUGCAGUGUGGCAGAAGACAACAAAGAAGAAUCCUUUGCUUUGUACAAAAAAACAAAAGCUUGGGUUUGGGCAAAGUUUCACAGAAUGCAAAUUUGUCUGUCUUGCAGUUUGUUUGCAAGGCUUGCAGUAAAUAAAAUGUGUGAAUAAAGGAAGUUAGAAGUUGAUGUGUGCAUGUUUAAGUGCCAUUUUUAGUUGACUUUCCAGCAGUAACAUCAGGGUUUAGUUUUACUCUGCUACUUCAUAUAAGAGUAGAAUAACCUUAAAAUAUACGUAGUAUCAGUGUUCAAAGUGUGUAGAAAGUGUAAAAAAUUAAUUGGUUAUUUCUGGAUUUUCUCUUUUUUUAGGUCUGACAGGGAUGUAUGCAGUUAUCUACUCACUAUUUAGCACUGAUGUCCUUCAUUUAAAGUCUGUUGGGUUAGAUGCUUUGGGAGCAGAAUUACUUCUGCUUGUGUGCAACCAAAUAACUGAAAUGUACCAUUUUUGCCCUCAUCUUCUAGUAAAUCAAGACUUUCAGUCUGCAAAUGUGUUCUGUUCAUUCAAAAUUUAGUCCUCCUUGGUUUCAUCAGUAAAUAUAAUGAAAGUUGGGGAGGAGGAUUAUUUUUAGCAAAUAAAACAAGCUUGUGGAAAGUUGCUUUUAAACUAUUAUGAGGCUGCUGCCUUUUUUACACUUUCAUGUGGCAAGUCUACCUUUGUGAAUACUGUAAAUUGAUGUGCAUUUUAAUCAUUAAUUAUUGUAUAGUAGUUACCACAAAAAGUAGUAAUGGCAAAAUAAUUAAAAAGGUGUUGCUGUUCAUAAA